AUGCAGGGAGUCAAUCACUCAAGAGUAACUGAGUUCAUCCUCAUCGGCUUCUCCACCUUUCCCCACCUUCAGCUGAUGUUCUUCUUGCUGUUCCUGUUGAUGUAUCUCUUCACGCUGCUGGGCAACCUGCUCAUCAUGGCCACCAUCUGGAGUGAGCGCAGCCUGCACACACCCAUGUACCUCUUCCUCUGUGCCCUCUCCAUCUCCGAGAUCCUCUACACCUUUGCCAUCAUUCCCCGCAUGCUGGCCGACCUGCUCUCCACCCACCGCUCCAUCGCCUUCCUGGCCUGUGCCAAUCAGAUGUUCUUCUCUUUCACCUUUGGCUUCACCCACUCUUUCCUAUUAACCAUCAUGGGCUAUGACCGCUAUGUGGCCAUCUGUCACCCGCUGCGCUACAAUGUGCUCAUGAGCCCCCGGGGCUGUGCCUGCUUAGUGGCCUGGUCCUGGGCUGGUGGCUCAGUCAUGGGUGUGGUGGUGACCACAGCCAUUUUCAACCUUACCUUCUGUGGACCCAAUGAGAUCCAUCAUUUUGCCUGUCAUGUGCCACCUCUGUUGAAGUUAGCCUGUGGGAAGGAAGUACUGGUGGUGGCCAAGGGUGUGGGUCUGGUGUGUAUCAUGGCCCUACUAGGCUGCUUCCUCCUCAUCCUCCUCUCUUACGCCUUCAUUGUGGCCACCAUCUUGAAGAUACCAUCAGCCGAGGGCCGUCACAAAGCCUUCUCCACGUGCGCAUCCCACCUCACGGUGGUGAUUGUGCACUAUGGCUUUGCAUCGGUCAUCUACCUCAAGCCCAAGGGUCCCAAGUCUCUGGAAGGAGACACCUUGAUGGGCAUCACCUACACAGUCCUCACACCCUUCCUGAGCCCCAUCAUCUUCAGCCUCAGGAACAAGGAGCUGAAAAACGCCAUGAAGAAGGCCUGUCUCAGCAGACUCUACCCAGAAAAAAUAUAA